AUGUCUAACAGCGUUUACUCGUCCGGGCAAUUCAUGAACCCCGGGCCCGCGCCUCGCCCUCCUACAGACAAGCCUCGUCUUGGCCUGAUGCCCAAUGUCAACCUUCCAGGCAGCAUGUCGAACCUGAGCAUAUCCUCGCCUGUCUCGAGCACCUACAGCGGAUCGACCAUAGCUUUGCCGAUUUCGCGGCAAGGGUCUAACAACAUGGAUGGCUCAGGAGGGCUUGCCAUCAUCAAGCAGGGCCCUGUAGGCCUGCCGAGUAAAAACCCAUUCCAGCAGUGGAAGACCAGAUAUUUGAUUUUGCGCAAGGAUAUCCUGGAUUUUCACAAGAAUGAGAACGGCAAACUACUAUACAAGAUCCAGCUCUCGGAUGUAGUGAGCGUCGACCGCGUCCCAGACGAUAACGGGGACCCAGUUUUCGAGAUCAGGAGACAUCUCAACAAUUCGUAUCCGGGGCCUCCCGGCGAUGAUGACGAUGGCAUAAGAUCUCUACGGAUCUGCGUCAAAACCGAUGACGAGCUGUAUGAGUGGAUCGACUGCAUCUAUGCCCGCUGUCCGAGCGGUGUCGGCAACCCCACCAACUUCUCGCACGCCGUUCAUGUGGGCUUCAACCCCCAAACAGGGCAGUUUACAGGACUGCCGGAAGAGUGGACUAGAUUGCUUAAUUCAUCAGCCAUCACCAAGGAGGAUGUCGAGAAGAACCCUCGGGCCGUCUACGAAGUCCUUGAUUUUUACACCCUGACAAGGCGCAACGAGGAACAAGAAAUGUACGGCAAGCCUAUGGCCACGCCUUCGUCAAACACCGUUCAAAGUGAGCAAUUCGGCUACUCGAGCGGAAACUCCGUUGCGCCGCCGCGGCAGGUGAAGCCCAUUCAGCGUGGCCCCGCAUCCUACCCAACGACACCAUCUCCCGCUCCCGGACCCAGUCCAUCGGCUCGAUCUUCACCGGGCGAACCACAAGCCUCGCAGACCCAACAGCUGCAGAAUGUGUCGCCUAACUACAUCUCCGCAGAUCGCAUGCGGGAGGAGCAGCGCGCUCGGGAGCUGGAGCGGCAACGUGCCGAGAGGGAGGAACAGGCGCGCCGGGAGCUCGAGGCUUAUAACGCUUCGCUCCCUAAGACCAAAGUCCCACUGGCCCAGCAGGAGAUUGGCGGCGGCUACAGCAGUCCUUCUCCACCUUCUGCCGAUAGGUUUAACCCCACACGGGCAGCGCCCAAGGCUCCUCCAGCUCAGUCCCUGAGAGCGCAGCGGCCAGCACCUCCUGCGCCAGCCGGGUCAUCCAUUCCCAGCCGCAAUGCCCCUCAAGCACAACAAUCCAGCUCCUCCCCGGCCCGGGACCCCGCCGCCCAGCCACAGAGAACCCAGCGGCCCGAUCAAGCUAACGGUCCCUCGGCUGCCGCCCGUUAUCCCAAUGGGUCACCGGCGAUGCGGGGCCCGAACGGUCAGACUCAGACACAGCAGCCGUCACGGUUGCCAGCGCCGGUCAAGCCGCUGAACGUAACCAAGCCCCAGCAGGAUGGUGGCGUCAAAGCUGCCGAAGCAGCCUUGUCUAAGCCGGCGCAAGAGCGCAAGCAGGAUGUGCGCAUGUCGACCAUGUCGGAGAACGAGGUGAUGGCGAAACUGAGGGAGGUUGUGUCCAAGGACGAUCCCAACAGACUGUACGCGAAGCAGAAGAAGAUCGGCCAAGGCGCGUCCGGCUCGGUCUACGUUGCCAAGGUCAUGGCCACGAGACCGGGCGCUCCGGCGAAGCCGCGCCCCAACGACCGGGUUGCGAUUAAGCAGAUGGACCUCGCCCAUCAGCCACGCAAGGAGCUCAUCGUGAACGAGAUUCUGGUCAUGCGGGAAAACAAGCAUGCCAACAUUGUCAACUUCCUCGAUGCCUUCCUCAUGGAUAACGACAAGGAACUUUGGGUGGUAAUGGAGUACAUGGAAGGUGGCGCCCUGACUGAUGUUAUUGAGAAUAAUCCCGUCAUUACGGAGGAGCAGAUUUCGACCAUUUGCCUUGAGACAUGCCAAGGCCUCGAGCACCUUCACUCACAGAACAUUAUCCACCGCGACAUCAAGAGCGACAACGUUCUUUUGGACGCCCGGGGCAAUGUCAAGAUUACCGACUUUGGCUUCUGUGCCAAGCUGACCGAGACCAAAUCGAAGCGGGCGACAAUGGUGGGUACGCCGUACUGGAUGGCGCCUGAGGUGGUCAAGCAAAAGGAGUACGGGCCGAAAGUGGACAUCUGGUCGCUCGGCAUUAUGGCCAUCGAGAUGAUCGAAUCGGAGCCCCCUUACCUCAACGAGGAGCCACUAAAGGCGCUGUACCUCAUCGCUACUAACGGCACGCCGCGCCUGAAGAAGCCCGAGAAGCUGAGCAAGGAGCUCAAGGCCUUCUUGUCGGUCUGCCUCUGCGUCGAUGUGAAGAGCCGUGCAUCGGCACAGGAGCUGCUCCAGCAUGACUUCCUGAAACAUGGUUGUCCGCUGGCUAGCUUGGCUGAGUUGCUGGCUUUUAAGAGGGUUCCUAAAUAG